GGAGGCCCCGCCACCAAGGCCCAGCUCAGAGGGCUCGGCGUCCCCCGCAGCCCCGACCCGCCUGGGGCCCGGCGUCCGCUCACUCGGCAGCUUUCCUGCUGCCAAGAUGUCAUCGCCGCAGACAGUGACCUCCUGGCCGGAACUGCACAGCCCCAAGGAGUCGGAGAAGCCGCAGACCCCAGUGCAGGGUACUCAGCAGCCAAGCCGGGGGGACGCGCCCAGCACCCACCACGAGGACACUCGGCCCGGCCUGGGCACGCUGCGGCGGGCCUUCUCCCGGGCAAGCCGGCGGGCCGUGGGCCAGGGCUCCCGGGAGGACCCGGGCCUGCUCCAACGGAGCUCCCAGUUCCUGCUCCGCUCCUUCCGGCGCUCCCUGAGUGGUGGCCCGGCUGCAGCUCCAGAGGGAGACCACGGCCCAGAGAGCCCGGAUGGUGGCAGCCAGCCGUCAACCGCCCGGGUGGGGCCUGAGCAACCAGAACAGGAGGAAGGCAAAUCGGUGGCGGACCUCAUCACGGAGCGGCAACUGCUGGCGGCCUUCGAGCAGCUGCGGCAGCUGGAGACGCGGCUCGCGGCGCAGAAAGCGUCCGGCACCUUCGAGCAGGACCCCACCGGCUACGCGCGGCGCGCCAUGGACGUGUGCCUGCACUACGACGGGCUGGCAGCGGAGAUCGACGCCAUCGUGCGCGAGACGCUGGGCCCGGGGGUGCGGCUGGAGGUGCAGCCCGCGUACUCGGCCGCUGGCUUCCCGGCGUGGGAGGCCUACCUGCGCGCCUUCCACGACGCGGUGGCCCAGCGCCUCCAGGAGCUCGCGCGCGACGCCCGGGGCUGCGAGCAGCUCUAUGUCCUGCUGGACUGGGCCGCCAAUGUCUACAGCAGUGCGGACUUCCUGGGUGCCCCGGACCUGACUCUGUCCACAGAGCCGCUGCCCCCACUCCUGGCACCCACCGUGUGGGCGCGCCUAGAGAGCGACUACACCAGCUUCCUAGAGACCAAGAUCACAAGCUGCUUCGAUAGCAUCCUGCAGCUAGAGCAGAGUCGCUGGGUGUCCACCGAGGCCCCCGAGGUGCUCCAGGGCCUCUACCACACGCCGCUGUCCAUUGACAUCCACAUGCUCGUGGCCGAGCAUGUGAAUGCAGCUGGUGCCAUCUCUGCAGAACUGGAGGCCACCACCCUGCACAUCUGCUCACGGGCGCUUGGCCUUUUUCUGCCCAGGUUUGAAAAGGCUUUUCUGCAGUCGAAGGUGGUGAGCGAACCUCACCUGGGCGCCAGUAUCAACGCCUACGAGGAGCUCAGGACCAGUCUUCUGGCCAAGUUCCCAGGCACCUUUGAAGAGCUGGAGAAACCUCUAGUGGCCGCCAUCUGUACCUUCCAGAAGCGGCUGCUCCACGGCUUGCAGUGUGAUGUGCAGCCACUUUUCAGGGUCCUGUGCACCAAGGCCUGGCUGACACAGGACGUGCUACAGCCCCUCAUGGACAAAGUGGUGGCCUUCGCCCACCACCUGGAGCACGUGGCCCCACUGCGGGCACAGGAGACUCUGCAGGAGGCACACCGAUACGUGGUCCGCGAGUACCUGGCGCAGGUGCUGAGGCCUCGGGAGCGCUUCCGCGGUGUCGAGCGCAUGACUGGCUCCCAGAAGAUGGGGCUCGACGCCCAGGCCAUUGGCGACACCUUCCAGGGCUUGGGCUCAGAGGCCACGUGGCUGGGCCGCGCUAUCCCGUGCAUCGCUGACAUUCUCGGGGAGACUUACAAGGACGACAUCGGGCGGCACCUGGAGACACUCAUCGGGAGCUACCCAGACAUCAGGCGGGACCACGUGGUGGCCAUCCUGGCCCUGCGCAGACUGGGCCAUCGGCGCAACAAGCGCCUCCUGCAGCAGGCCCAGAACCUGCUGAGGGCUGCGGCCAAGGCAGAGGGCUUCCGAGCUGCUGGAAGCCAUGUGCUCUUCGAAGAGAUCCAAGUGCCUACCUCCGUGGACCUGCUGAUCACCUGCAUCUAAUGCUCUGGGUCUGAGCGGGGGCGGGCCACAGGUGGGAACCUGAAGCCCCAAGGAGGAGCUUCCGGAGGUGCUCUCAGCCCUGCACCCAACCUGGACGCCCAGAAUCAUGCAAUGUUCGUUUUCAGCCACGCAUGGCUGCUUACCAGAAGGAACAGCAAGAAGAGAGGCAUUUCAGGCAUUUGUGGGGGAGUGUUCCGGGGGCGGCAGAGGUUCAACACUGCCUACCAGAAAGGGCCUCCCGGCCUAACGGUCCAGCACCACCCCGAGUCUGAAGGUGAAGCAGAGUAUUAUUUUUUAAAUAAAGGUGAAUUAAAAUGGUGCUCCGUAAA